AUGGCCACACAACUUCUCCAAACUCAAAUCCCAAAAUUAGUAAAAGAUAAUUAUGAGAAUUGGUGCAUUCAAAUGAAAGCACUUCUCGGUUCUCAAGACCUUUGGGAAUUAGUUAAAAUUGGGUACCAAGAAUACACAGAGCAAGAAGAAGCUGCAUUCAUAAUAGCCCGACGAAAUGAUUUGAAGGAUUCAAGAAAGAAGGACAAGAGGGAGCUCUUCUAUCUUUACCAAGCAGUAGACGAGUUGACGUUUGAAAAAAUUGCCGAAGCAACUUCGAGCAUAGCAGCAUGGGAUAUUCUUGCCACCGUCUUUAAAGGAGAUGACAAAGUAAAGCGGAUUCGUCUACAAAAGCUUCGAGCGGAAUUCGAAGCAAUCCGAAUGAAGGAGUCCGAAAGUGUCGCGGACUAUGUUUCUCGCAUUUUGGUAAUUGCCAACCAAAUGAAGCGAAAUGGAGAAGAACUAAAUGAUGAACGAGUUGUAGAAAAGGUUCUUCGUUCCCUCACAUCAAAGUUUGAGCAUAUUGUUGUCGCCAUAGAAGAGUCAAAAGAUAUCAGUACUCUUUCUAUUGACCAAUUGACAGUAUCCCUCCAAGUGCAUGAGCAAAGACUACAAAAGGUGUCUAAAGACAAGGCGACUAAGCAGGCUCUCAAGUCAAAAUUGAAACUUGAUAAUAGAAAAGGCAAAAAUCGUGGAGAAAAUAAUUAUAAUAGAUAUAAGAAUCAAAAGAGAUAUAAUAAUGACCGACAGAAUAGGAACAACAGUGGUCACAAUUCAUGUCAUGUAUAUGACCAAAAAGAGGCGAACAUAAUAACAAUCGCCCAGGGUCUUAUGGUGGUACAAGAUCAAACAUACAAUGUUAUAAUUGUAAGAAAUAUGAUCACUACAGCAAAGAUUGCUGGCAUAAGAAUACUGAAAGAGUGA